AGUUUAUUACACGAUUGAGGUUUUGAAAAAAAAAAAAAAAUCUGCGAUUCAGAUUUUCAUGAAUCAAAAACUCGUUUGAACACCUUCGCAGUGACGGUGACGCCCACAUCCAGGUGACUGAGGCAGGCGUGCAGCGCAGUAAGUUUGAGCUCGCACUCCUGCAGCGCGCGAGCUGCGACUCAGAGCUGAGGAAGAUGAUGAUGAUGAUGGUGGUGGUGGUAUGUGGGCUGUGAGUAACGCAAACAGAGCGGAUUCAGAUCUUACUACAUAGCGAGCACCUGCUGGUGGCAGUUCUGAGAGCUUGAGCUCUGGGUGUGACGGUUGUCUUUUGUCCUCCACCUGCUUUCCUCUCAGAUGAAUUAACUGGAAUAUCCUCUCUAUUGAACUGGAUCGAGCUGGAAUUACGUUUAACGUUAAUUGAAAAGUUAGGCGUGCUUAUGCUCCGUAGUUCACUGGUGCAUCUGUGUGUCAGCGGCACUCUUAGCGCAUCGGUAACUCGUGUGUUUUUGUGAUUAUUGGUGCUCGUCUAAUGUCACCCAGUGAGUGAGCGAGCUCCAGAUGCACUCGCUGUUUGAUCGGAAUUGGAAAGGGCUGGGAAUCGAUCUGUCUCCGGUCUCGCUGCCCCACGUUGCCGUGAGGAUGUUCAGCUGUGUCGGGUGUUUUUGGGUGCUCCUGUCCUCCGCCCUGGUCGCGAUUUGCAGUUUCAGUUUCAUCUCGCCCGCAUGGAUAGUGAAGGACCAUCUGAAAAACAAGGACUCCGUGAGUUUUGGGCUCCUGUGGCACUGCUCCGAGUCUCUGGAUCAUAUGUACAGAUGUUACACCUUUGGCGGGCUGGGCAAAUUUCAAGAGAUUCCUUCCAGCUCUUGGCAGACGAGUGCGGUGCUGUGUUCAGGUGGAUGUGCUCUGCUGGCAGUCAGCUCCCUGCUGGCCAUCAUCACCAUCUUCCUGCCCGGUGGAGCCUGGGAGAGGAGGAUCUGCACAUUGGCAGGAUACAUGCAGAUGGCUGCAGUGGUCAUUAUGGCAUCUGGUUUACUGGUUUACCCCUUCGGUCUCAACUCCAGCCUGGUCAAGUCUUUCUGUGGAGACUCGGACAUCUACUACGCCGGGGAGUGUCAGAUAGGAUGGGGCUAUAUGCUGGCUAUCGUAGGUGUCAUGCUCACCCUCUUCCUGCCCUUUUUCGCCAAGUACGCCCCCAAAGAGCAGCUGUCACCCACCCCACUGCCCACUCUUUUAUAGAGCACUAAAGACCACCACCUACAAUAUUCAACCUAC